CGCAGAUGAUGCUUGAAAUAGAAAUACAGUGAGCCAGCCGUGACAUUCACAUACUCGAUACUAACAGAAGUGACAGUCUCUGUACCGUGCUGUCUGGCAGUGCUAUACUCUGUAGCGCCGACGCCAGUCUGUAGACAGCGCGGACCCGCACGAUCGCCAGUCAGCGUGCAGUGUCCCGACAGGAGAGCUGCGUGUUAUCUUUGGAAGGACCGCGCGUUUAUUAAGCACGGAGCGUUUUCCAAAACAUCUCUGCAGAUCGAGGGCUGGACGGGUGACGCUCUGCCGCGGACAGUGGGAAUGCAUACAGCUGCUAGGCUGUGACCAGUAAUGAUUGGAAGGAUUAAUGAAAGGAGGAUGCGGUGCGCGGUCUUGCAUGCGUGUGUCUGUUACAUGGCUGAGAGUCACGACUUCAACCAGGUGUGUGUGUGUGUGUGUGUGUGCGUGUGUGCGUGUGUGUGUGUGUGCCUCCUCUACUUUUACUUUUUUCUGAAGCGAUGGCAGUGCAGUGCAGACUGGAGCACCUCCAGGUUGGGUUUGGAUUCUGCCCUGCUCUCCACUGUCAGCAGUGUCCUGUGCACUAGAAAGCACUGCAGAGCUGGAAGAAGCAAUGCUCAGGACUUCUGGGAAUUGCAUGAGCCAAUAUGUGUGUGUGAUUUCACUGACUCUCUGUCUCUCUCUCCCCCUCUCCCCCUCUCUCUCUCGCCUCUCUCUCUCUGCUUGCUCGCUCAAGGCUGCCAGGCAGAUUAAGGAUAGUGUUACCAUGGCACCCACGUUCCGCCUGUCUCUCAAGGCCAAGGUCAGCAACAGUAUGAGCCACCUGAUGGUGGACUUCAGCCGGGAGCGAAGCCAGCUGAAGAGCCUGUCCUUCCUGCCAGUCCCUGGGACCCCUGUGAUUGAUCUCUCCCAGUUCCUGGUUGCUGAUAACUGCGUGACUCUGGUGUGGAGCGUCCCGGGGGAGGAUGCCAAGAUCGAGCACUUCGACCUGGAGUACCGGUGCACCGACCAGGAGGGGGCGCCACGCGGCAGAGAGGAGCACCCCUGGAUGGUGGUGGAGGGGAUCCAAGAGAGCGAUUACACCCUGAGCGGUGAGGGAGGGGGACAGGGGGACUCAUUGGGUACCUGCCUGCUGUUUCUAUGGUGAUAGUGACCCCCCCCUCUAUGAAGACCCGGCCGGCCUCCCCGCUCAACUCCCCGGCCACGUGAGCCCUCACUGCACACUGCUCUGUGUCUCAUUGUGAGCCCUCGCUGCACACUGCUCUCCGUGUCUCUCAUUGUGAGACCUCACUGCACACUGCUCUCCGUGUCUCUCAUUGUGAGCCCUUGCUGCACACAGCUCUCCGUGUCUCUCAUUGUGAGACCUCACUGCACACUGCUCUCCGUGUCUCUCAUUGUGAGCCCUCGCUGCACACUGCUCUCCGUGUCUCUCAUUGUGAGACCUCGCUGCACACAGCUCUCCGUGUCUCUCAUUGUGAGCCCUCGCUGCACACAGCUCUCCGUGUCUCUCAUUAUCUCACUUCAGUAUUUACUCUCCUGCCCCCCCUGCAGGUCUGCCAUGAUGAUGUCACCCAAGAGAACGCCCAUGGCACAGGGGAGCCGGGAUCGAUUCACAGCCAAGUCCUACACUGUGCUGGGUCUCCUCUCGUUCUGUAACGCUCACACCAAGCAGCUGCUCCACACCUUCAACACCAAGUUCACUCAGCCUGUGGUGAGUGUGAGCCCCGCCCCUGCCCUCGGCCCCGCCCCCGGAUCACACUGCUGAAACAGCCUGAUGUUUGAAUCAGUACCAUGCUGUGUGAGAGUGAGCUCUAUGCUGCAGUGUAACCCUGCCUCUGCUGCCCCCUGUAGGUGUGGAACGGCACCUAGAACUUCCCCAAGUGCGUUCCCACUUACUACACGAACACAGUCAGAGUACACUAGUGUGCGUGUGCGUGUGCGUGCGUGUGUGUGUGUGCGUGCUGCCCAGGCAGCUAUUGCUGCAUUUUUAAUUUACUUCAUGGGAUUGAUGGUGCCACCUAGUGGCUACUCUACUGGCCCAGGGUUCUGCAGUUCUGUAGCGAUGAUGUCACAAUGCCCCUGUAGAAUUCUCAGCUGCAGCACUAACAGCAUUAGUGCUGCUGUGACCAGGUGCUGCCACCUGCUGGUCUAAUACCAGAUUGCAUGUGUUGGUGUUUAAUUAUAUUAUAUAUAUAUUUUAUUUAUUUUAUAAUUUCAGCUGAUUUAAUUCAGUUCAAUGUAUUAAUGAUUAACCAGGACAAGAACUGUAGUUCACUGACCCACACCAAGAAAUCCUCAGUUUAUGAAAUCCUGCGAUUCCAGAUGUUUUUCCUGUACCAGUAGGAAGUCAUUAAUGUUUACCUGGCUCCUGGGGUAGUAGGAGUCUUGUUUACAGGGAGGGGAGAUAAGAUUCAUGAAUGUUUUAAUAAUCACU